AGGGAGCCGAUCGCAAAUUCUAUUCAGCAUCAACCUGUGAAAUUUAUGGCUGUGUGAAACUAAGGUUCCAGCAGUGAUCACAGGGAUGAGAGCGACUGGGUCAGCAGCUUGACUGAGGCCGGAGGAAACUGGAGGAAACCCAUGCAGACACAGGGAGAACAUGAAAACUCCACACAGGCAAUCACUGAAGGCUGGAAUCGAACCCAGAUCUCUGGUGCUAUGAGGCAGUAGUGCUAACCACUGUACCACUGUGUUGACCACUUGUCCUUCCUGCUCUGUGGCUCACCAAUUGGCAUCAUCCUGAAACGCUGAACGAAUAAAUCCAGAUGAAUUAUCAAAUCUAGGACACAUGCUUAUCUCUAUGUGGUCUACAACCAUUGAGGAAAUGGAAGUGGAGUUGAGAAAAGAUCACCUGGAAGACUGGGAGGAUGAUUUCACAGUUUGGAUAUCUUUCAAGGGGAGCAUGAAGGAUGCUGAUUUUGUGAAUAAGCUAAACGCGAUCAUUGCUAAUAUGUCAUGCCUUCUGGAGAUGGAUUCGGAGAAGCUGAGGCCAGAGAAAGUGGAACCAUGGAACAGCGUCCGUGUAACGUUUAAUAUUCCCCGUGAAGCUGCAGAGCGAUUACGACUGAUGGCUCAGAAUAAUAAUCAGCAGCUCCGAGAUUUGGGCAUUCUUUCUGUUCAGAUUGAAGGUGAAGGAGUCAUUAACUUGGCUUUAGCGCAGCAAAGAGGCCAGGAGAUCAGAGUAAAUGGGCCAGUGAAUCAGAUUAGAAUGGAGUCAGGAUUUUCUUUACAAGGAGGCCAAGGUUUGAUCAGAGUGAACAACCCAUCAGCUUCCAUGGUUCCUUCAAGUAGCAACAUGGCAGGUUCCUUAGUUAGUAGUGGAGCAAGUUCAGAACUACUGCAAAACAGAAUACCACAUUCCUCUACUCGAUCCACCACACAGCCUGAUAUGGAUUCUGUUUUGUCAACAUUAAACAUUCAAGCAUCAAGCCAUCCCUCUGGAUCAUUGCCUUCACAGACUAAUAUUGUGCAAACGAUGUCAACCAACCGGCAGAUUGUCCCAGCCAACAUUCAGCCUCAUCAACUGCAAGGGGUGCGGUCUCCAUUUAACCGGGCUCAAAUUUCUAUAGCUGCCACAUGGAACCAAGUCCCAGCGGCAGCAAUCCAGGCAUCCUCUACACAGGGGGCCUUGGGAACAUUGACAAAUCAGAUCUGGAAGAAGGCUCCUAUGCCUGGACAAAUGCAACCACAGCAGCUUCAGGUCAGACCGUCCCUGGCCACUGUGCAGACGCCAGCUCACCCUCCUCCUCCAUAUCCAUUUGGAAGUCAACAAACAUCUCAAAGCCUUCAAACCUUUUCUCAACCUUGCAGCUCCCCCCAGUUUGCAUCGCCACCCCCUAAAAGCCAUCAGGGAGGACCUUCCCGAGUACCUACGCCCUUGCAACAGCCUCAUCUAACCAACAAGUCUCCAGUCUCAUCUCCUUCUUCUUUCCAACAAAGCUCCCCUUCUUCUUCUCCAACAGUGAACCAGCCACAGCAGCAUAUAGGACCCAGGACACCUCAGAGCAGCUCCCUGCCUCAGGCAUUUCAGCCACCUGUGUGCCAGAGUUCUCCAAGUCGAGGUCCUGUAGUUCAGCAAGGAAAUGUGCCUGCUGGGUUUAUGAUGCAAGCAAAUCAGGUGGCACAGAGUUCCCAUUCUGGAAUAGGAAGCAUGCCAAAGCGUCUUCCUCCAACCUUUCCUCCAGGUCAGCCUAAUCAGAUCUUCACUCAAGCGCAGAUAAACCAAGCUGUUGCAUCGGCCACCUCGAUGAACAGUGGAAUUCUGCAGGCGCAACCCAACCAGAAUGUACAACAUACAGGUGGUCCAAACAACGCUACUUCACAAAAUCCAAUGAAUGUACAGUCUCAUGGGCCCCCUAAUGUAAUGCAGGCAAACCUCGUUGGACUUCACGGAAACCUAAACAAUCAACAAUCUAUCAGUGUUCCCCAAGUGAAUGUGGGUAAUGUGCAAGGGCAGCAGGGCCCUCAAUCACCGUUUAUUGGGAUGCACCAACAGAUUGCACCUUCACAGGGACAGAUGAUGAAUGUCCAAUCCCAAGGUCUACAUCCUGCAAACCAGAUGAUUAUUUCUCGUCCUCAGCUCAUCCAGAAUCAAAUGAUGAUGGCGGCAUCUCAAGGCCAUAAUAUCAUUCCAUCUGGACAGAGGAUGACUCCACCCAAGCAGUUGCAUUCUCAACAGGGUCCGCAAAUCAUGACUACGCAUGGGCAAAUAAUAGGACCUCCAGGUCAAGUCAUAUUGCAGCAAAGCCAGAUGAUGGGACUUCCUGAGCAAGUUGUUGUCAGUCAGGUGCAGGGUAACAAACCAGGAUUCAAUAACCAGAACCAGCAAAAUACAAUUGCAGGACCAAGUCAAAUAAUGAGAGGACCUGCCACAAACACUCAAGGUAAUAUGGUUCAAUUUUCCACACCGAUGGUCCAGCAGAGUCCUCUGAAUGGGAAUUCUUCUCAAGGGAUUGGAAUGCAAGGACAAGUACUUAGACCCCCAGUAUCUCACCUAACUCAGCAGCAUGGUAGUGACCUUACAACAUCAGCCAGUGAUGUCAAUCUAACACAGAUGCUCCCUGAUGUACAAAUGCAGCAAAAUGUAGUUGCUUCUCACAUGCAGACAAUGCAGGCAGGUAGCUCUGCUGGGCCUCAUUUUUCCGGGCAUAGCAUGCCCUUCAAUGCUCCUUACAGCACCACUGCAAGUGGAAGUCCAAUGACAUUAGCCACUGCCUCUGGUUUUCCAAACAAUAAAGAUGUCACUCUGACCAGUCCAUUGCUUGUCAAUCUGCUGCAGAGUGAUAUCACAUCUGCACAGUUUGCAAUGACCAACAAGCAAAACAACCAGAAUGCCAACAAGCCCAAAAAGAAAAAACCUUCACGAUCGCAGAAGAAAAAGAACAAUGGAGCUCAGCAGCCAGAAGAGCAGAUGCAGCAUGUGGAUCUAGCUCCACAGGUGCCAAGAGUCUUCUGGCCAUUCCUCAUGCGUGAGCCGAGACAGAUUUCAGAUGCCCGUCAGAUGCAGCCAGGUCUGGAUGAUGCUGACCAGCAGCAAAUGACUGGAGAGCAAGGAGUAGGACUUGAUCCAACAACCAGCAAACUACCUGAAUUUGCAAAUCGACCUGCAGGAUUUCAUAUGCAGACAGUUGAUCAAAGACCUCUGCAGCAGACAACUAUUCAACCCAUGCAGCAUUCACAACAACAGCAAUUGCAACCCCAGCAACAACAAAUGAUGAUGAUGUUGAUGAUGAAGCAUCAACAACAACAACAGGACACAAAGUCAGUUAAAAUUCCAAUGACACCGAGUACACACCCAUCAAAGACUGCCUUAACGCCUGAUGCCUCAAGGAUUCCAGUGGCCCCAACUGGUAACAUGCCAGUCAUGGUAACCUUGCCUGGGCAGAGUGGAGUGCCACCCUCACCAGAUAAAUCAAGAAUGCCUUUGUUAGUUGGCCAUCAACCUGUCAGCACUCUGAGGAAGAUGCCUUUUCAGGAUAAUCUGCAAAAUGUCCCAUCCUCUGUUCCCGAGGAAGUAAAUCCAACUGCACAUCAUCCAGAUGCAAUUGGAGCUGAGCUUCCACUUUCUGUCGGAACCCAAGUUAACUCGGGGCAACAAGCUGCUCCUCCUCCAAAUCAAGUACUUAUUACUGGGUCUAAGCCAGGGCAUUCUCAAAUCCCAACACCACAAGGUGGAAGUUCACAACAGCAGGGAACGACUCCAGUGCAAGGCACUCAUAAUCUUCAUUUUCCUAAUGCUACCACUAACACCCAGACUUCACGACCAAAAACACCAAAUCGAGCAAGCCCCAGGCCCUACUUUCCUCAUACACCCACCAACCGACCACCUAGUACUGAACCUUCUGAGAUAAGCUUAUCUCCUGAAAGAUUGAAUGCUUCAAUUGCAGGUCUCUUUCCUCCUCAGAUCAAUAUCCUUUUGCCUCCUAGGCAGCCACCUUUAAAUAGAGGAUUUGAUCAACAGGGUCUAAACCCAACCACUUUGAAAGCAAUUGGUCAGGCCCCAGCAAGCAUGCCUCCACAUUCAAAUAACCCAUCUGUUUCUGCUACGUCACAGUCAAAUAAACUGGAUUCUGUUAUAGUUAGUUCAGGAAAACAAACAACUGGAAAACGGGCAAGCCCUAGUAUCAGCAGGAGAGCAAGCACUAGUUCCAGCAGAAAAACUGGUCAAAAUCCAAAUAGACAAAGUGGAAAAACCUUGAAAUCAUCACUGAUCCCUCAGCAGAACCCAGCACUUUUACCAACCAUUGAUGUACAAAAGAAUAUUCUAGCAAACUCUGCACAAAUGUUGUCAAAUCCCUCUCCUGGAAUUUUGAAUGAUCCUGUCAAUGUAGUUUCAGGUGCACAAAAUCCAACCAUUCCUGUCAGGAUAUUGGGUAACAAUCCUGAAGAAAACAAGGAGGGACCAACGUUGUGUGGAAAUGAUGGUGUGUUGAAACAAAUCCCCAUUAGUAAAGAACAGAUGACUUUUGAAUGCAAUCCUCCGAACACAACCAAGUUGGAGAAGAAAAAUGCCCCUCAAGUUCAAAUAGCUAAGGGAAAUAAGCCUUCAGAAGCCAGCAAACCUAGCGGAGGUUGCAAUGACAAAAACGUGAUCCUGCCACCGUUAAGAGAAGCUCCAAUUUCACUUAAUCAGCUUCUGGACACUUCUUGUAGUUCUGGUGUUACCAAUAGGGCCACUAGUUCCAAUCAAGUGGAACAGUUGAUACAUUCUGGAGAUAAACCAAAAGCAGUAACAACAGAUACUCCUACUAUUAAGGAAACACUUAGUGCGCCAAUUCUAUCACAGAUUGUUUGUGAGAGUGGAAAGGCUGUAUUACGACCAGAUGCAGGCGAAUUAGUUAACAAUGUGACUCAAAGUGGCCCGACAGUGGUGCCUACACCAGUGGUGUCCGCAUCCAUUUCUGUCGCAAAUCAGAUCACAGUGUUUGUAAGUUCUAGUCCCAUUAAAUCUACAACGAAUGUUAUUGCAUCUGCACAGAUUCAGUCCCAACCUACUGUUGUUUCUUCUGUAGUCACAAUGCCAUCACAAAAUAACAAAGUGGUGUCUGAGGGACAACCGGCAGCGCAGUCUGGUUCACAGCCAGCAUUUAUCACCGCACCUGUGUUUAUAAAUACAUCUGUAUUCCAGGUUGUUAAAGAACCUUUGAUACCACAGUCAACCACUAUGCCUAAAGUAACUGUGCCUUCAACUUCUACAUUGGCAUCUCAGUCAGUUACUGUAAUCCAGAUACCACAAUCUGCUCAGAGUUCAUCAUGCCCAGCAGUUUCACCUACCCCAGCUGUUAGUAGUUCUAUUAUUUCCACCUAUUCACCAACAAAAAGAACAGGGAUCCAGAGGUCAUCACCAGUUCAACCACCAUCCAGCUCUCCAGCUCCUCCAAACAUCUCCUCAGCAUCUCCUCAUAGACCAGCAGCGGACCUCAGCCUCAAUGAGUCUCUUCAGAAUAAUGGCAUUGUUGACCAAAGUUCUUCAGCUUCAUCCCAUACAACAGCUGUUGCAACGUCGCCUACAUCUGCUAGCCCAGGUAGCUCUUCUAGUAGUAGGCGAAGCCCAAUAUCAUCCAACAAAGGAAGAGGGAAGGUAGAUAAGAUUGGCCAGUUCCUUAUGACCAAGGCGUGUCAGAAGGCCUCCCCAGAUAAAAAAGAUGACCCAGUAGCAUCUGAAUUGGCUUCCCCAGGUGUUGAUGAUCAGGCACAAAAAGCAGCACUUCCUGGUAGUCCUGAAGGAGGAGUUCCUCCUACAGAAACUAAUCAGAUUAUUCCUCCAGCUAGUCAAUCAGACAUAGGCACUUCUGUUAACGUCACACUCGGUACAACUAGCAGCUCCGCUUCUACUGUCUCUGUUUCCUCACCUGGGAGUACAUUGAAUAGCACUGCUCAAAACAAUUUGACGUCAGCCAUCACUCCCCAGAACCCUGAGCCUGAAUCUGUAGUACCUGUUGGUGAUAGCAGUCUUGCAGUCUCUGAGGGAAGUUGUUCGUCAGGAGAGAAAGUGGGAGCAAAUAACGAUCACCUACCAAAUACAGUAGGUGAGCAGAAUACAGAGAAAAAAGAGGCUUUGGAACUUGCAGACACAGGACCACUGGCCACGACACCUCAAUUUGUUCCAGAACAAAUACCAGCCAGUACAGUACAACAAGGGACCAUUGUGAAAAACGGAGAAGACUUUAAUAUUGGAAGUGAAACGGGUCAGAGUGAAGCAAAGAGCAAUCUAGAAAAAUCAAAAAGCCCCAGUAGAAGAAAUAUAAAGGCUGAAAAGGAGAGUGAGGAGUCAUCAUCCCUUCAGGAGUCUUCUGAAAAUGGACAACGGAAAAGGCCUUCACGACCAGGCUCUUCAACAGGGGCAGCAAAAGAUACCAGUACAGGCACCAGCCCAACACAAACAAAACGAAGAAAAUCCAAAUGAAAUCUCUCAGUUGUAUACGUGUGAAGUGUAAAUGUUUGUGAAUUUAAUUAAUUUUUUCUAGCCUACUUUUCUAGCAUGAACUUGUGUAUAGAAAACUGUUUUAAUAUUUGUCCCACUGAAAUGUGACUUUAAAAAAAAUUUCUUUAUAUUCUGAAACUGUUUAACAAGGUAAAAACCUGUCAUACAGCCAGUAAAAACCUUCCAGAAUGUAACUGUACUGGUAAUUUCUGUUGCAAAGCUAAAGUAAAUUGCCAGCUUUUGUCACUGUCACAAAUCUUGUUAGAAUGUAGUAUGUUGUUUUUAAUUGGUAUUUCUGACUUUUGAAGUGAAUGUUUUUAAGUCUUAAAUGUGAGUAUUUGUACCUGGGUGCAAUGAACUCCAUCUCCACUGGAUGGUUGAGUCCAAAGCAUAUCCCUUUCCAGUUAGUCUGUGAGCUAUUUCACUUCAAUAAAGGAAAAAUACUGUAAAUUUUGAAAACCCGAAACAAACAGUGCUGGAGAAACCCAGCUCGUCUGGCAGAAUCUGUGGAGUGUAAAAGAGUCAACAUUUCAAAUUUGGUAUAACUUUUCUUCAGUUUGAACAUUGAACAUUUGUUCAGUUGGAACGUUGCCUCUGUUUUUCUGUCCACAGAUGCUGCCAGACCUACUGAGUUUCUCCAGCAUCGGUGUUUAUUUCACUUCAGUUAUAUGCUCAUGUACAUUAGUUCCCCUAAAACUUCACUCUGGGAAGUUCGUUUCCCCUCCCUGAAUAGAUACAGAGGUGCAGAAUAUUAUGAAUGCUGAAAAUCUGAAAUAAAAACAGAAAAUACAGGAAAUAUCCCUUCAGGUAUUACAAAAUGCCUUGAUACAAAAUAUUAACUGCCCCCCUCUCUGCAAGUGUUGCCUGACUAUUUCCAGUGUUUUCUGUUUUUAAUUUAAAGAAAUAAACAGCACAGCUCGUUAUGAUGUUGAAUUGAAGAGCCAGUCCAACUCUGGCAGAUUUUGAAGCCUCCUUGUCACAAGCAUUGAGGUUGUAGUGGCAUUGCAGAUUGAGUUAGUUUUGUGUGGAAAUAGUGAGCAUGAAUAAUCAUUCCUCCAGUGUCUGCCAUUGAGCAUUACAUUGUGAUGUAAAGCUAAGCAUAAAAAACAAUUGAAAUUAUUUCAGGUGGUGAGUGGAUUAGUGGCUAUUAGAUAAAAACAAAUAAUAUAAUUUAGACUCCCCACAAUUCAACUGCAGUACAGAGUUUCCAGGCAGUCAUUGCUACUUAAGAGUCAUCAGCUGUGUACAGUUUAAUCUACUUGUGUGUCAAAGUAAAAUUAAAUGUAGAAAUACAGAUUUGUAAAGAAUUAACACCUCUGGUGAUAGCUGUUAAUUGUACAAUUUUUGACAACCUGCUUCUAUUUGACUUUGUGCAUAUCAGAUGUAUUAGAAUGCAAUUUUUUAACUUG